AGCGUGUUCAUAUUUUCCGGCGCUGGGUCUGUUUGCGACCAUGAUCAGCAUGUUCCUCUGUUUGUUCUUGGGGAUUCCUUUGUUGACACUGGAAACAACAACUACAUCAACACCAUUCCUGUUGCCCAAUCCAAUUACUCCCCAUACGGCCAAACUUUCUUCAAAUUUCCCACCGGAAGAUGGUCCGAUGGCAGAGUUCUUCCUGAUUUCUUGGCUGAAUAUGCAAAUUUGCCGUUGCUUCUUCCAUAUCUUCAUCCGGGGAAUAAUCAUUUCUACACUCAUGGCAUAAAUUUUGCAUCCGGAGGAGCAGGAGCUCUGCAUCAAACCCAUCAAGGAUUAGUAAUAAGCCUCAAAACUCAGCUGAGCUAUUUCAACAAAGUGAAAAGGAUUCUGAGAAAGCAACUUGGAGGAAGUACACAAGCAGAGACAUUACUGUCAAGGGGUGUUUACUUAAUCUCGAUCGGUGCGAACGAUUACGGAGCCUUCGCUUCAGACUCCAAGCUUCUCCAUUCCUACUCAUUGGAACAAUAUGUUGAUAUGGUGAUUGGGAACUUGACCUCUGCCAUAACAGAAAUCCAUAAGAGAGGAGGAAGAAAAUUUGUUGUGCUGAAUGUUUGGCCUUUGAAUCAUGUACCUGCUGUGGAAGAAGCAGUUGCAUCACAAGCCGGCAAAGAUUCCCGGGUGGAACAGCUUACACAGCUUGUAGAGUUGCACAACAGACAACUUUACAAAGCUCUACAAAAGCUCUCUACAGAACUUGAUGGAUUCAUAUAUUCCUAUGCAGACUUCUACAACGUUAUCAAUGGAAUUAUCAGCAACCCUGCAAAAUAUGGAAUCAAAGAAGUGAAGGCUGCAUGUUGUGGAAGUGGGAAAUUCAGAGGAAUACAAAGUUGUGGAGGGAAGGGUGAUGCAAAAGAAUAUGAGUUAUGUGGAAAUCCUAAUGAGUAUUUGUUCUUUGAUUCCAACCAUGGAAGUGAUAGAGGAUAUAAAAUACUUGCAGAGAUGAUAUGGAAUGGAGAUUCAGAGAGUUCCAGACCCGUAAAUGUCAAGUCUUUAUUUCAAUCGGUAAUUCAAAAUUAGAUGGAUUUUAGCUUUGUGAAUCAAGUUAAGAUAAUGAAACUUUAUGAUUAUUUGUUUGCCUUGAAGAAAUAUAUUCUUCUUGAGCUUCGGGACAUUUUGAGGAUGCUUUGUUGCUUGAUCUUGAAUUAAUAUUGGCAGAAAAGAACCGUGUACUCAAGGGAAUUUUACUCAUAAAUUCAUAACAAUAUGUAUUUCUUCGACAA